GUGGAGGGGUUGCUGUUGAUGUGCAAAUGUGCAUCAUAUUGAGAGCUUGUGAAUAGGGAGGUGUGACGUAGAAAGAGAGCAGAACGCAGGUGCUUAUCUCGGGGCUGUCACAGACAUAGUGUGUCAUAUUCCUGGGGACUACCUUUCAAAAGCUACCGGCUCCAGCGCUAGAGCAUCAGCCGAGCAGGGACCACAGAUUCCGCAGCUAACUUUCAGCAUCAGUCAAGUAGAGCAUGAAUGUCACACUCAGAUCUUAGAACAGCUGAAGAAACGUGUGUGCAGUAACCAGAGCAGGACCUCACAGAACUACUUAUUCAUUACAGGCCAAACAAACUAAGAUGGAGUCUGACAGUGAAGAGAAUCGCAGUGAAACAUGUGAUGUUCUGCCUGACUGCAUCGUUGAGGCGCCCAGCUUGCAUCUCGGAGCGGGUAAAAAGCGAGUGGCCGCAGAAGGUGCCCGUGGGGCGCCGGUCAACAAGAGGAAAUCGCUCCUGAUGAAGCCCCGCCACUACAGUCCCAGUCCCUGUCCCAGCCCCAACGAGGAAGACCUGGCAAGCACUCAAGACAAAGACGCGCCCAGGAACACUGACACUCCAGCAGAUGAGGACCUCAAUGGUGGUGAUGUUCUGGAAGACACUAUCUAUCACAACGCAAAGUCUCACCACUUGUUGUCAUGGUCAGAAGGAACGAGUGAAGGUUCGCCAGACCUGGCGGCCCAGAUAUCUGAACACCAGAAUGAGCAAGAGGAGGAGGAGGAACACAACCAGGACUUUGAAGACAAAAACCAAGAAAAGAUCAGAGCCAGUUAUCACCUGUCUCCAGACACAGAGGCAGAUGAAGAAGAAUGGAGCACUCCUCCAUCCCUAACGAAGGUCAACGGGAUCCAUCACAGCCCCAGUCCACCUGCAGACGAUACUCUUCUGAAGAGACUCCGGAUUGGACAGCAGCUGCACGAAGACGCUCUUUCCGCUUACAUGAACAGAAACAGUACAGGGACCUUUAUGGAAGAGUAUGGUUCUGCAAGAGAGUUCAGUGACAGUGAGGAGGAGAUCCAGACCCUAAGGAUGGAGGAGCGAGGAGGUGUUUGGGGUCCAGGUCUGGUGGCCAGACGUCUGGAGCUGGACAGGGCCCGACUGAACCUCAGUCUUCUAGAGCAGGCCAUGGUGCUGCAGUCUGAACAUAGACAGGUCCUUCACAGUGCCUACAAAGACAUGGACCACUUCCUCCUGGAGCAGAUGAACCAGGAGCGGAGACAGCAGAGGAUGCUGGAGAUAGAUGCUCGAGCCAUGUACCACAGCAGCAAAGAUUCCCCUCGGACUGAAAAGAAAGACAUCAAAUGUCCGACCCCGGGCUGUGAUGGGACGGGUCAUGUGACAGGCCUCUACCCUCAUCACCGGAGUCUAUCAGGAUGUCCCCACAAAGUCAGAGUGCCCCCAGAGAUCCUCGCCAUGCACGAAAACGUCCUCAAGUGUCCGACCCCUGGCUGUACAGGAAGAGGUCAUGUCAACAGUAACCGUAGCACACAUAGAAGUCUCUCAGGCUGCCCGAUAGCUGCUGCAGAAAAGAUCUCCAAACCGCAGGAGGAUCCUGUAAAGUCCAGACAGACGGCAGAGAGGAUGACGAGACCUUUAGGAAACAUGAAUAAAUUUGACUUCACGUACAGAUUUGCACAUCCUAUGGCAGCGUUGCAGGCCAGCAUGGCCAAAGACAUGGACAAGUACACUAAAGGCCAUUUUGACUACGCCAGUUUUGACGCCCAGGUCUUUGGCAAGCAGGCUCAGAUGGCAUCCGAGCAGAGUCACGAAUCUUCACACUUUCCUGACUCCGCUCAGUUCCCCUGUUUUCUGGGUUCUGGUGGUCGUAUGAUCAUGGCCGGAGACAACAGCCCUAGUCGCCAUAAAGCCCAAAGCAACGCCCUCCAGUCCAACAUCGCAUCCGCAGCCAUCCUCAACCUCUCCACCCGUUGCCGAGACAACAGCGAGGCCCUGCCCCCCAGCCGGCCCCUGGCAUCAUCCACAAAGGACUCGCCGAUAGAGGUAGACGAGAAUGGAACGCUGGAUUUAAGUAUGAAGAAGAAGAGAGAAAAGGCGAGGGACUCUCCUGUGAUGCCUGCAUUAGGAGAUGCUCUUUUCACCCCACCUGAACCUUCUCUAGCCAAAGCAGGGGGUCUCCCGAUCUCCCCGGCCAUCUACCGCGUCCUUUACGAACAGGACGCCUGGGACACGCCACUGAACUACAGCAAAACACCUGCGCAACAAGACAAAGAGAUGGAUCAGCUGGAGAAGGUGUCUCUCGAAGAUAAAGUGUACAAUGGAGAUGCAAACAUGGCAAAAAACAAGAUGCUGAUAAGAGACAACAAGAAAGAUCUGAUGAGUUGUCCGACACCAGGCUGUGAUGGUAGUGGUCAUGUGACAGGAAAUUAUGCGUCACAUAGAAGUGUAUCCGGUUGCCCAUUGGCUGACAAGACCCUGAAAUCACUAAUGGCUGCUAAUUCUCAAGAGCUCAAAUGUCCAACUCCUGGCUGUGACGGUUCAGGUCAUGUGACAGGAAACUACGCCUCUCAUAGGAGUCUGUCAGGGUGCCCUCGUGCCAGGAAAGGAACCUUGAAGCUCACGCCAAGCAAAGAGGACAAAGAAGAGCCAGAGAUGAAGUGCCCAGUGGCAGGCUGUGACAGUCAGGGCCAUGUGUCGGGUAAAUACACGUCUCAUCGCAGCGCAGGAAGUUGCCCCAUCGCCACCAAGCGGCAGAAGGAGAGCUCUGUGAAUGGAUCGGCCUUCUCCUGGAAGCUCUGUAAACAGGAGCUUCCACACUGCCCUCUGCCCGGCUGCAACGGCUUGGGUCACGCCAACAACGUCUUUGUCACACACAGGAGUUUGUCAGGAUGUCCACUAAACGCCCAGAGUAUCAAGAAGAAACUCUCCGAUGAAGAGAUGAUGACCAUCAAACUCAAAACCAGCAGCGGUAUCGAAAACAGUGAAGACAUGCAGCACUUGGAUCACGAAAUAAAGGAGCUAAAUGAAUCCAAUCUGAAGAUAGAAGCAGACAUGAUGCAGCUCCAGACUCAGAUUUCAUCUAUGGAGUGCAACCUGAAAACUAUCGAGGAGGAGAAUAAAAUAAUCGAGCAGCACAACGACAGUCUGUUGAAGGAGUUAGCGCAUCUGAGUCAAGCACUUAUCAACAGUCUCACAGAUAUCCAGCUGCCGCAAAUGGGUCCAAUAAAUGAACAGAACUUCGAAGCAUACGUGAACACGUUGACGGAUAUGUACAACAGUUCAGAGCAUGAGUAUUCACCCGAAUGCAAAGCCUUACUGGACAGCAUCAGACAGGCCAUCAAGGGCAUUCACGUAUAAGGCCACACUGUCGCACAAGUGUUUGAUUGUCUGCCGAGGGCUGGCUUUAUCAUCUGUGCAAGAUAUGUCUCGUUUAAAACAACAACAUCAACAACAACAACUCCAUUCCAUGACAAAUUCACUGCACUGAAAAUGACCAGCCACAUUUUUACAGCUCAAUGUUCAUUUUAGUGAGAUUUGACCUCCUUUUGCACUUAUUUAUUUCCUAUGGUUUGCUUGAUUUUCCUCCGUAUUGUUCUUUUGUGUGUUAUUAUAUUAUUGCUACAUAUUAUCUUUAUUCAUUGGUACUAUUUAUCUCACAGUAAUCUUAUUUAUUGAUUUAUUUAUUGCUGCAACUCCAAAAUGCAAGGCCAAUCUUACAUAGUGUGAAUUUUAAUUUUGCAUUUAUUGUACAAUAACUGGGAAUUUUAGUCGUUCUAAAGAGAUCACGAUGACUUUUUCUUCAUAACAGAUGUCAAAUGGGAGAAUAGUCCUCUUGCGCCACCUGUAGGUGAGCUGCUGUUAUUGGUCUAUUAGAGCUGUACUGUAUCCACCCCUGACAUGUAGUUAAUGUACACCACUGAAAUGACAUCAUUUGUUGACAAGUGAGCAAAAAGAAAAAUAUUUUAUCCGAUUAACUCUCCAAACGACUGUACACCGACUGUACAGUGAGCAAAAAUCAAAUCAUCCACAUACACACACACACACACACUUAUUUCCGUUUCUGUUCAUAUGAACUGCCUUUGGUGUGCACAUCCAUGUGUGCAUAUAUGUGCCUAAAUGUAAAUGAGUACAUGGAACAUGCUAUGUUUUGUGGUAGAGCAGUAUUCCGUGAAUGGUGAUUCAUUUUAUUCUGCAGUAUAUUUAUUUUCGAAUGAAAAGCCUCUAAACUCUGUUUACCUACUGUUUAUACGCCAUUUUAAGUAUGUGACGAUAUUCUUGUAAAAAAAGGUGUUUUAUGAUCAGGCAAAAUAUGGUUUUUAUUCUUUUCUGUGAGACUGAACUACUCAACCUUCGGCUUCUUUUGUGCAACAAACGGUGGGCUCUCAAAUAGGUUUUAUGGAUGAUAUUUUCUCAAAGCACUUCAUGUCUUCAAGCCACCAAAAUAUAAAAAUUGACAAUUUACAGCAAAAGAACGGCAACAGAGUAAUCUUUCCAUUUUGACUGAAUCUGUACCACUUGAUUUUGUGUUUUAAUGCACGGCCGAGGUCACCUUAGUGCUGUUAUGAUCACAAACGGCCUCGUCACAGCACUUUUUAAGCUUUCUCUAACACUAAACGUACCCUUUUGCACUUUUAUUCUGUUAUUUAGUUUAUUUAGAGCGGGUCACAAAUGUGUGAUCGGUGCAGGUUAAUAAGCACACUGAAGGAGUUUAACCUUAGUUUUACCUUGUCCAUUGGUAAUGUCAAAAAUUGUGUUUUUGCAGGUCAUUCAGAUGGAAUAAAACACUAUCAUCUGACCAAACGUGGAUAACGAAUUGUAUUCUCAAUAAAACUGAAUUGUUUUUUUU